AUGUCUACGAAGGAGAUGAAACUUUUUGGAUGCCUGCUGCAGCUGAUGUGCCUGUGGGCCAGCGCCAAAGCCACUUGCAAUGUGUGCAAUGCCGUCAACAGCAUGGCCUGCUACUCGCUCAACCAGACGCAGGCCUGCGAUGCAAGUGGCCUGCCCACGCGCAUACCCUAUAGCUGUCCCGACGGCUAUGUGUGUGUGAACAGCGCAGCAGGCGUGCGCUGCCAGCCCAGCAGCAGUGGAACGGGCGCCUGCCAGGAAUGCAACAAGUGUGACUUCACCAGGACCUUUGCCUGCACCGGAACGAACACCUUUGCGCUCUGCCUGGGCACGGAUGCGCCGCAGAACUCGCUGGGCACCUGUGCUGCGGGCUAUGUGUGCAACAAUCGUGAUGAGCGGAUUUGCGGACUGGACACGCAGGUAGUGCCCACCUGUUCCUAUGCAGAUGAGACGACAACAACGGCCGCAACAACUGCAACAACGGCAACAACUGCAGCCACGCCCUCGACUAGCGAUGCCAGCGCCUACUGCGCCGCUGUCCAGGCCCAGGGCAACUAUGCGGUGGGCAACUAUACGGCAACGACUUGCCGUCAGUAUAUCAAAUGUUUCCUACUGAAUGGCAGCUGGCGUGGUCAGACAUAUACGUGUCCGGGCAGCACAUACUUCAGUCCCAGCAGCAGGCUGUGCGUCACCACGGUGCCCGCCACGUGCUACACACCGCUGAGCACCACCACGACCACCACAGUGGCGCCCACCACCAGCAAUCCGAAUGCAUAUUGCGCCAAGAUGCAGGCAGAGGAUUACUACCCGGUGGGCACCACGGCCAGCACGACUUGUCGUCAGUAUAUCUACUGCUUUGAGCUGAACGGCAGCUGGAAGGGUAAGCUGUACACCUGUCCGGGCAGCACCUACUACAACAGCUCCAGCAAGACGUGCGUCACAGCGCUGCCCGCCACCUGCACGAGUGCUGUGGCCAGCCUGAGCCUCAACGGCGUGGAUCUGGAGUGA